UACGCCUCAACGUUUGGGUCCCUUACUUCUUUCAGUUAGUCACCUGUCAAGAUCACGACCCGGCCUCGAAACUCCGUCUAUAGGAUCACACAAUCUUACUAGUUAAAGAAAGACCAGCACACAGUAUAUAUAUAUAUCUGCAAGAGGUGUCCAUUGUCUGUCCGGAAACCGCUUUUGGAGAAUCUUUUCACCACCAUUUCAUACUCGACAGCUCUUACCUUCUCAACAAAAGAUCGAGUACUCCUCUACCUUCACCGCCAGACUGCCUCAUCAUGUCUCCACCAACCCACUACCUCAACAGGACAUGCAUCGAGCUUGCCACUGCCAAUUUCACAUUCUUCGACUCCGCAGCAGGUGGCAAUCUCUCAGCAUGCUCCAUCAAACCCCCAGAAUUAGACCAGAAGUUAGAAAAUAUAACAAUGGCCCAAGUCUGCAUUGCGACCAUCAAAGUCAUGGUCAUUAUAUGCGGUUGGUUGCUUAUGUGGCAAGCACGGAGCCUCACUCUAGGAAUAUAUCGCAAAUUGCGCCACCUACCUUCGCACCAACUGCACCGGGAGCUAGAAGACUUAUACGUCGCCAACCUCAGCAAGAAGGACCGCAAAGCUUUUGAGGAUACAGGUUCUCCUGCUGGCAGAUACCCGAAUGUGGCGUUCAGCACUGAUCAGUUUACGCGGAAGAGAAAGAUUUUCAUUGUAGAAGAUCUAGAUGAGGAGCCGACUAAGGAGGAGAUGUGGAAGUACACCAAGAGGCACCAAUUUACUGGCAAGAAAGCAACUGAGGUCCCUUCGUUGAACAUACCGGAGGUCGAUGGAGAGAGUGCGUCAGUGAUUGAGCUAUUGAAUCUCGAUUCAGUGGAUGACAUUGUUGUUCCAGAGCCAGCUGUCAUCAAUGAGGAACAUGGAGCAGGUCAAGGAGCAGCACCGGAGGCCUCAUCAAAUCCGCCGCCGUAUCAUCACUCAUGGACAAGAUACGUGUAGAGCGGAUGAUACUAAAAUCGAAUCCGUGGUGUGGAAUAGUGCAAAUGGCGCAAUCAUUACCGGUACUAUUUUCCGUGUAAGGAUUAGUUUCAAUGGCGGCCAG